AUGAAGAGCCUUCAGUUGACUUUGAACUCCGAACGACGUUUUGACAAUGAUUAUAGCAAUGAUAUACAAGAAAAGUGGACACAGAAUGACUUUUGUUCAAUAUUGGAUGUCUUCCAUAAUGCUGUGAACACCAAUCCUCCACCUAGAAGUGCAUGGUUAUGGUUCUUUAUUUUAAUGAUUUGUUGGGUAUUGGAAUGUGCUAUUGUUUUCGUUCUAGUUCCUUCUAUUUCUUGGGUGAAAUAUAUUGUUCUACCUAUUAUAAUGUAUGCUACUGCUUUUCUUGUUACUUGGCGACAUAGAGUUAUUCGAAAUAAGUUUGAAUCAUUUAUUACUGAUCUAUGUGAUCGAUUUAAUGCAACUGAAAAUAUUAGAGGUAUUCAUUAUCAUUUUCAAUGUCACAGUCCACCAUGGUAUUAUCUUUGGCGACGUACCCACUAUACCCUUAGUAUUGAUUUGGAUGACAGAUAUCAAGCAUUGACGGCAAAAAGUUACAGUCAAACUACCGAUGAUGAUCAAAGUUACUGUGUAGCUAUUCCUGAUGUAGCCCAUGUACCACAAAAAUUAGAUCCUUGGGAUGAAAAAACUCAAAUGUUUAAAGAUUACCAUUGACCUUAAAUGUGAAAAAAAAAAAAAA